CAGGACAGGCUUAAGUCGGGUUAGGGGGGAGGUACUUUAAGGUUAAGCUCAGUGUGCAGAGCAGGGCGAGUCUAUUUAAAGGACACCACCUCCCUCUUUUGAAUGAUUCAAUAACAGUUUGCCCCUCCCCCACUUCUCAUCAAGAUCAGCUGGAGGAAGUGGUAGCUCGGCCAAUGGGAUUACAGUAGCGGAUUGACUCUGUGUGUGUGUGUGUGUGUGUGUGUGUGUGUGUGUGUGUGUGUGUGUUUGCAGCUGAGAGGGAGAGCAAGCCUGGACAAGCAGCAGCAGCAGCCGCUGUGUUUGUAUGUGUGUGUGUGAAAAGAAAAUGUAGGGCAGCCACUUGUUCUCCCUCCCUCUGCUGUCUCUCUCUCUAUCAUUUCCUCUGUCUGUCUUUGUUUCUGCGCUGUGCUGCCGUAGCUCCAGUCGCCACGGCGACGGCUGACAUUGUUGCCGCGACUCCACUUCCGUAUUUGCAGAGGCUUGGCUCUCUCCUUCAGUUUCUCUCUCCGUCUCGGCUCACCUCGAGGAUUUUACAGAAGGGGGGAUGUAACCUCCCUGAGCAACCAUUGUCUGUGUGAGGGUGUGCGUGUGUCAUUGUGUGUGUGUGUGUGUGUGUGUGUGUGUGUGUGUGUGUGUGUGUGUGUGAGGUGACUUCAGGAUCCUGACAUGAAUUCCUGUUGGAAAAUGAAGAUCCAGAAUGAAAAACCUCUGGCUCAUUCGGCAAGCAGGUCCAGCAAUAUCUCAAAGGCGGGGAGCCCGACUUCAGUCAACGCUCCAUGCAGUUUCUCGAGGACGUCGGUUUCCCCCUCGAGCCAGGACAUCUGCAGCAGCAAUCAGGAUCAGGACACUCAGAAGCAAACUGCAGUGGUUCUGUUGAAUUCUAACGGUAAAACCUGUCAAGGUUCAGGAGGUAUUUCAGUGGCCACCCUCUGCACAGACGCCCUUCCGGCCUGCAAACACGGCAAGCAGCGAGACUGGCUCUCUCUGCUCCGCCCAUCCUCCGUCAACAUCCGGCCCCACAGCUCGCUCAGGUUCUCGGUGUCUCUGAACGACGUGGGCCAACGUGUGGACAGUCUUUGCCGCGGUCUGCACUUCAUAGACCGAACAUGCUCCGAGGGAGAGCUGGAGCUGAAGCCGGAACCUGCUCAGCUUCCCGGCUCGGAUCGAAGGGCGCGCACACUCAACGGCAAACUGCCUGCAGCCCAAACACAGCAGAGCCCGAAUCCGGCCUUCUCAACACGCACCCACCCCCACCUCGUCCCCUCCUUCACCAGCAACUACAAAUACAUGACGGGCAUCCCUCCCGCCAAUUGUUCCCCGUCCGACCCUGCCGUCGGCACCCCUCCUCCUCCUCUCUCCGUCACUCACCCCCACCCUCAUCCCUCCCCGAGCUCCAACUUCCUUCGUCUCCUCCUUCCCUUCUCUCAAUCCUCCACAUCGGCCAGCAUGCAAUUCUCUGAGCUGGGCAGCUACGCCUCUCACCUCCACAUCACCAAGUCCUCUAGCGCCCUGCUGGAAGGCAGCGAGUCAGGUUUCCCCCGCGAGGAUCUGCUGGGAGACGACGACGUGUUUGAGGAGGACCAGUCCAGUCGGGCUCCAAAGGGGACGGAGCAGCCGGCGACCCCAGAAACAGACACUGCGGCCAGACUGGGUGCUCUUCUAGCCCCGCUGUGCUAUAUGGAUGAGGACAGCGACUUGGACCGCUGUCCAUCCCCUUUGUCAGAGAAAACAGGGCCGCUGUCACCCUAUUCGCUAUCUGGGGACUGCUGCAGGAUUUGUCACUGUGAAGGGGAUGACGAGAGUCCUCUGAUCACACCAUGCCACUGCACGGGGAGCCUGCGCUUCGUCCACCAGUCCUGCCUACAACAGUGGAUCAAGAGCUCUGACACUCGCUGCUGUGAGCUCUGUAAAUAUGAGUUCAUCAUGGAGACCAAGCUCAAACCACUGCGCAAGUGGGAGAAACUACAGAUGACAGCGAGCGAGAGGAGGAAGAUCAUGUGUUCGGUCACCUUCCAUGUCAUCGCCAUCACCUGCGUGGUUUGGUCACUCUACGUUCUCAUCGACAGAACAGCAGAUGAAAUCAGACAAGCCGGAAGAAUCCCAGGGAUCCUGGAAUGGCCUUUCUGGACCAAGCUUGUGGUGGUGGCCAUCGGCUUUACAGGCGGACUGGUUUUCAUGUACGUCCAGUGCAAGGUCUAUAUCCAUCUAUGGAGGAGACUCAAGGCUUACAACCGGGUCAUAUACGUGCAGAACCGGCCAGACACGUGUAAAAAGCUGGCGCUGGAGAAGCCGCCGCUCAUGGAGCCCAGUCUGGAGAGCAAGGAGGCUCUGGCCCCCACCCAGUCAGACACAAACUCCUCCCAGUACACAGAGACAGAGGACUACAGUAUGGAGGUGCUCCACGUCUGACAGCUCGGUCCACGCCGUUGGUUGUCCUGCUCAUACGACACACACAAACAGGCCCGCAGUGAAGAGUAGCGGUCAUGGAAAUGCUCGGUGGCUGAGGAACAACCAGACAUUCCCCUUCCUCUGAUCCCAGACUGACCCACUGACCUCAUCCGGUCAUCUUAUAUUCCCCAAACUCCACCCACAAACACAGACAGACAGACAGACAGACAGACCAACCGUGACUCUAUCUUUCUUUGUCCACCUAUCAUACGUUAUUCUUCUCUCCACCCUCGAUCCACACUCCCACAUCUUACCUUUCCCAGGACUGGAGUGUUUAUAUUGACUUCUGUAAAUGUCUGAAGAGGCCUGGAGCACACACACACACACACACACACACACACACACACACACACACACACACACACACACACACACACACACACACACACACACACACUUACACAUCCAUACACAAACACACACUUGUAUGUACACUUCUGGGAGUGCAGGACUGAGACAAAUAGACUCACAAACGGCUCCGGAGGUUGAUACGUCUUGGACGCGUGGUUUGUUUGCUUGUGGGUUUGUUAGAUUUGUUCGUUUUUACCUCCUGUUAGUCUCGGGCUAACCUGCCGUGGAUCAGUAUGUAGCGCCGUGCAUCGGAUCUCUGGAAUAUUCCAGCUACUGCCAUCUCUGUCGCUGUGGUCUGUCAGCUCCGCGCCGCUCUGGAUCCGACGGGCCCUGAUCUGGACAUGCAUCGAAGCACUUUUAUUUUUUUAGUUCCCACAACACACCCCCUCCCCGUCCUCCAGUUCCUUUCUUUCUUUAAUAUGACUCCCAUCUUGUAUGUUGUACAUGGGGGAGAGCACACGGAAAACAAACCUUUCCUCAAAUGCACAUAUACCUACAGAUCAACCCUCCCGUGGAUGAUAAAAAAGGAAUUGGGGUUUUUUAAAAAAAAUGGAGCCAUGCUGAAAGAAUCACAAAAAUGAGUGUUGAUUCUGUCAAUCUCAUAAUCCAGAAAAUGGAAGAUCCAGCCACAUGACUUCUCUGCCCCAACAUGAACUUUCUGAAGGCUUUGAGAAUGUAAACUUUUUAAAAAAUCAUUAAAAAAAAUAAUAAAUUAAAUUUAAAAAAAAAGAAUUUUUUUUACUGGUCACAGGAAAUUGUGAGAUAAUUUCCAUGUCUUGAGAUCGUAACGCGAGCCUUUGGGCGUAAACAGUGUCGCUUGUUUUUCUAUCAUGCGAAUGACACAGUAUUUACAGUGUGAUAUUCCAUGUGUGGUUUUUAAUAUGUUGAUUUGUUUGCUUAGUCAUGGGAUAUGCCUUGAGAAAUCCACAGCUGUGUAUUUUCACUUCUGUCCUCCAGUCGCUCCGGCUGUGCAGACCGUGUGUUAAUUGAACCUUCACAGAGAGUCUUGAUUAAAAACCAGACAGACUGCAGCUGCUUGAGCCUCAUUUUUGCUCUGCAGGUCAGGACCUGCACAUUUACAAACCACCAUCAGUUGUUUUUGUUUAGACGGAAGCAGAAUGCGGCAGAUCUGAUGUGUAGAUGUGGCAUAAAUGAUCUUAACAGAGCAUUUUAGAUCUCAGCUUCAGUGUGUCUUGUUUGCUUUUGCCACACUGUCUCACAUGGCAGCGAAUGUCUAUUUUAGUACUUAAUCACAAGACAGGCAGCAUAUUGCCCCUUAUUUGAUUGUUUCUCUCACAUCUAGUCUCAUGUGGCACAAAUAAGACAUUUUUGAUUCCCACUUUGAUUCCAUUAAUUCAGCAUUGAGGAUGAUUUUUAUAUCACUAACAUUCUGCAGCCAUCAGAUCCUUUACAUCCCAAUAAAUGCUGAUGUAACACAUCCAUGCAUCUCCUGCGACUGAGUCAGUCUGCAUCAUCGCUUAUUGAUGAGCCGACUGGAUCGCCACCUGCUGGUGUGAAGCAGAAGGUGCAGUCCGAGAUUCGCAGCGGUGGAUUUCUCAAGGCUGCGUGUUUUUUAGGCUUACAAUCAUUGUGAGUGCUUUUGUUAAUGUGGGAGCACAGCAAUGCCAGGCUCAUGUUGAGCCUCACAGCCAUUCCAGCAACACACACAUUUUUAAAAACUGUCUUUGAUACCAGUAUACUGUCUGUGAACAGCGAUGGUCCAACAACAUACCUGACAAUUACUGCUCAGCAGCAGCAAUAAACGAAAUCAGCGCUU